AGCGACAUGGCGGCGGCGGCGGCGGCGGUGGCGGCGGCGGCGGCGCUGGGCGCGCUGCUGAUGGCACCGGGGCUCACGCAGCCGCACGGCGAGGCCCGGCCGGCGGGAAGCGGGCCCGGGCCCCGCGGCGGGGCGGGGGCGGGGGAGCGGCCCUCCCCGCCGGGGCGGAUGGACCAGGCCCUGCUGCUCGUCCGCAACGAGCUGCCCGCGCAGGGCCUCCGCCUCGCCGCCCUCUCCGGCUCCUGCCACCAGUGCUUGUAUCAGCUCCUGGCCUUCGUCCCACCAAGCAACGAGAGCCUAAGCAAACCGGGCACAGCAGUGGUAAUGGUUGAUACCCAACAUCCGCUCACGCUGCGGCUCAACAGCUCUGUGGAUGACAGAGAGCUCUGCAAGAUUCAGUAUCAUUUUGGAGAGUUUGGCAAUUACUCCCUUGUGGUAAAGACCCUAAGUACAAGCACCAAAACUGUUUCUUGUGACCUAGUCAUCAAUGAAGGCCCUAUCAACAGCUACCUCCCUAUUCUCUUUGCUCUCCUGGUUUACAUGGGGAUCCUUGCUAUCCUGAUUGUCUGGCACCUUUUUAUGAAAAUUGAUCCAGUCAGAAACUGGGUUUACAAGAAACUGAACCCCAGAGAAACUGAUCGCCUGAUUAAUUCUGAGCUGGGGUCCCCGAACACAGCAGACUCUGUUAGCAGUGAUCCUACCCCACGUUUGUGGAGCACAGCCUCUCGGCAGCGGCUGCGUUCCCUGGACACAUUCCGAGGGCUCUCUCUUAUAAUUAUGGUGUUUGUUAACUACGGAGGAGGAAAAUACUGGUUCUUCAAACAUGAGAGUUGGAACGGAUUAACAGUGGCAGAUCUGGUGUUUCCAUGGUUUGUGUUCAUCAUGGGGACUUCAAUAUCGUUGUCAGUCAGCUCCAUGCUGAGGUGGGGAAGUUCCAAGCGGAAGGUGCUCAGGAAAAUCCUCUGGAGGACUUUUCUGCUAAUACUGCUGGGAAUCAUAGUCGUGAAUCCCAAUUACUGCCUUGGACCAUUGUCGUGGGACAAUCUGCGUAUUCCCGGGGUGCUCCAGAGGCUGGGAUUCACAUACCUGGUGGUUGCUGCUCUCGAACUCCUGUUUGCAAGAGCUGGGGCUGAGAGUGAGACCUUGGAGAUGCCAUGUCCUGCUCUGCAGGAUAUUCUCCCCUACUGGCCACAGUGGAUUUUCAUUCUGAUGUUAGAAGUGAUUUGGCUCUGCCUGACCUUUUUGCUACCAGUGCCAGGUUGUCCCAGGGGUUAUCUUGGUCCUGGGGGCAUUGGAGACUUUGGAAACUAUCCCAACUGCACUGGAGGAGCAGCUGGUUACAUCGAUCGUUUGCUUCUUGGAGAAAAGCACAUGUAUCAGCAUCCCUCUUCAAGUGUGGUUUACCAAACAACGAUGCCGUAUGAUCCUGAAGGGAUCCUGGGGACCAUAAAUACCAUUUUUAUGGCAUUUCUGGGACUGCAGGCAGGAAAAAUUAUCUUGCUCUACAGAGACCAGCACAAACAAAUUAUGAGUCGGUUUGUCAUGUGGAGCAUAGUAAUGGGAAUUAUUUCUGCUAUCUUGACAAAAUGUUCUAAAGAAGAAGGGUUUAUUCCCAUAAACAAGAACUUAUGGUCAAUAUCGUAUGUGACAACCAUGAGCUGCUUUGCCUUCAUCCUCUUAUUGCUCAUAUAUUACCUUGUGGAUGUCAAGAGACUGUGGUCGGGUGCUCCAUUUUUCUACCCAGGAAUGAACUCAAUCCUGGUCUACAUUGGACACGAAGUGUUUGAAAACUAUUUCCCUUUUAAGUGGAAGAUGCAAGACAGUCAAUCCCACGCAGAGCAUCUGACUCAAAACCUCACCGCGACAACUCUUUGGGUCAUAAUAUCCUAUUUACUUUACAGGAGAAGAAUAUUCUGGAAAAUCUAACAGACAUGGUCAAAGUGUAAUGGGCCUAGAUUCUGAUGGGGCAAGUGCAUAUAAGGCGGAGUAGCCUCAAAUACUGCCACUCAUGCUAGGCUGUAUGACUAAAAAGGGAUACUAGUUCAAGUUUACAAUGCCAUGGAAGCUGUCAUCAAGACUUUUAUGUGAUUUAAGGGACAGUGUUUUCCUAUUUAGCAAAUACUUAGGCUGCUGCAGUUGCUCUCUUUCUGUUUUCUGUAUUUUGUAAAUAUUUUACUGAUCUCCCUCCUUCAUAUAGAGAAACUGAACAUAUUGCAACAGCUGGGCAGUCAAAGACAGCCUGAUGGUGCUUAUGAAAGGAACUGCAAGGGAUCUGGGUGGCGAUUGCAAGGGGUUAUUAUCAGGAUGGGACUGUGGGAAUGGCUGUUGCAUCUGACAAGGUACCCCCUUACUCACCCGGCCUGGGUUUGUGCACACCCCUGGCACCUGCCCCAUGCCUGCACCACCCUGGCUCCUGGCACACAUUUUUUUGACUUGGGAGCACCAGCAGCAUCCUCAGCCCUGCACUUGGGUGGGCAGUGCAGUGACUGAGAAAGCCCAGGGCCACCUCUUUGUGACAGCAUGCUGCAGAAAGUGGUGACUCAACUGGUCAUUCUUCAUUGUGUUCUUCCAAUUUGCUCUUGGAUCAAAACCUUAGGUUUAGGAUCCUGCUGCCAAAGAUCUCUUCUAUUGGCUUAUUAAUCAGCAGCCUGUUGGUGCAUGUUCUGGGCCUUUGUGUUGCACACCUUUAGCACUGAUGAGGCCUGAGUUUCAUGUGCUACACUCUAAGAGUGCAGACUUUGUAUAAUCACUUGGAUAUGACCAAAGUCGGGUCAAACCAAUCCUCUUUAUAAAUGGAUUUAGGUAAGGGCCCUGAAUCUGAAAACCAGCAAAACAAAUAGAAUUCAGCCAAAAAAGGAAGAGAUAGCAGACCAGUUCAAUGUAAGAUAAGUUUCUAGAAACUCCAGAAAUUCACUCAUGCUGUGAUUUCCAAACUAGCACUAAUAAAAAAAAAAACCUGAAAUA